AUGCAUUUCAAUAUUGCCGCGCUAUCUUUGCUCGUCGGCAGCAGUCUGGCUGUUCCACUUGACGUUGAAAUUGAGAAGCGUCAAAGCUGCCCUAGCGUCCAUGUCUUCGGCGCUCGCGGGACCACUGUGCCCCCUGGCUACGGGUUAACCAUCACAAUUGUCGACGAGAUUCUGAGUGCCUAUCCGGGCUCCACAUCCGAGGCAAUCGUUUACCCUGCAUGCGGUGGACAAUCCUCCUGCGGAGGCGCCAGCUAUUCUAGCUCGGUUUCUCAAGGCAUCCAGGCUGUCGCGUCGGCUGUGAAUGCUUACAACUCUAAAUGUCCUCAGACUAAGCUUGUUUUAAUUGGAUAUUCCCAUGGUGGUGAAAUCAUGGACGCGGCUUUGUGUGGCGGUGGUGUGCCUAAUCAAGGAUACACUAAUAAGGCCGUCCCGUUGUCUUCUUCGGCCGUAAAUAUGGUAAAGGCAGCCAUCUUCAUGGGAGACCCGCUGUUCAAGACUGGUUUGCCAUACGACGUUGGAACUUGCGCUGCAGGAGGUUUCGAUGCACGCCCGCCGGCUUCUCGUGCCCGUCAGCUAGUAAGAUCCAGUCGUACUGCGACGCUGGCGACCCGUACUGCUGCAACGGCAAUAACGCUGCAACUCACGCGGGCUACAUAA